GCCUGCCUGCCUGGCUCCUAAUACACUUUAAAUGCAGAACCGCGGCGGGGGUGGGUCCCAGUCCUGGCAUGAGCUAGAACUAAGCUGGACUGCUGGCCAGCCUGCUAAAAAAAUGUACUGAUGGCAGGUGGCGGGGUGGGGGAAUGCAUGGAGUCGAUAGCAUUAACCUAUACGCUUUUGCUUAUCAGUUAAUCGACGACACUUUUGCAUCCCUAAUUCUGCUCUUUGUUCCCUGUCUUUAACCAGUUAUUGAACACACUCCCCCAACCGAUUCUGUUCAUACAGGUGUCUGAUCAUUCUGUUCCUUACUUUAGUUUCAACCGGUUUGCUGGUACUGAAUUGCAGGGAUUGCCCCUGAACCUUUUUUUAAAAAAUUGGUGUCACAUUAGCUAUCGUCCAGUUCAGGAUGUAAAAUCCUGUUUAAUCAGAUGACGUCUGAUGUGGGGGGGGGGGGCUGCUUCAGCCUGGCUGGAAUGUCCCCCACCUGCGAAGCAGCGCUGCUGCUCUGGCCGGGCUGGGGCCCCAUGUGGGCCGGGUUUGCUCCAUCCUGGCUGGAGCGCUCUCAUCCGUGGCAUGCUACUCCAUCCAGACUGGGCCUGCCGUAGGUGGGGGCUAUCCUGGUUGGGCUGGAGCAUCCCUUACCCACAGUGCAGUGUGCCCUGUCGGGCAGGGCUCUGCUGCAGUCCAGGCAGGCCACAGGUUAACUGGGGACAUCACCCAGCAAGGGAGAUGCUUACCAGUAAACCAUUAACAUCCCUGCCUCCAGUCAUCUGGUACAAAAGUUGAUUUAAAUGGUAGGUUACCACAGUUAGUGGUCCUCGUUUGAUCUCAGUUCCACCCGCCAGAUGAACUGGCUUCCAGAUUUCCCACCCUCUGUUUUCUUCACUGACUCUUGGUUCCAUUUUCCUCUCCAUCCCCUGGCACCUCCAGCCAGGCUCCUUGUGCACCCAGUUCCAGCCGCCCCUCCCAGUCCCAGUGCCUGCCUCCCUGCCCAACCAGUCCUAGCCUCCCCUCCUUGCCUGACUCAAUUGAGCUCCUUGCUCAGCCAGUUCUAGGCUCACCCUAACUUCCUGUCACAAUCUAUUCCCCACCCAGUCUCAGUCUCCCUGACUCCUUGACCCAGUUGACUCCUUUCCCACCACUGGGGCCCAGCUUUUGUCCCUUCUGUGUUUGGAUCAGGCAUCUUCCUCCUUUACACGGCCUGGGUGCCAGCCGGAGGAGCAAGGGGGUCUUUAGGAACACAGGAGACACAGGCUCCUGGCUCUCAAUUCCAGUGCUACGUUCCACCCUCAUCUGGAGCAGGAGCUGCAGAUAAAGUCCGGCUUUUCCCCUCUAGCCCUGAAUUGAGUGCAAUUCCUUAACCCAGGCCCCCUGUCAACACCUGUUAUAUACACUUCCUAACUCUUCUGCCUUUGAUCGCUUUCCGCCUCUGAGACGGGUCUGGAGCUAAAAGCAAAAGAUGCCGCUAUUCUUCCGUAAAAGGAAACCUAGCGAUGAGGCCCGGAAGCGCCUUGAAUACCAAAUGUGCCUGGCAAAAGAAGCUGGUGCUGAUGACAUUCUAGAUAUAUCUAAAUGUGAACUCUCCGAGAUUCCUUAUGGGGCUUUUGCAACAUGUAAAGUUUUGCAGAAAAAGGUGCUGAUUGUUCACACCAAUAACCUCACCGCUCUGGUUCCGAAGUCCUGCAGCCUGCUGAAUCUCGUAACGGUGAAGGUUUUGGAUCUCCAUGACAACCAGCUGGCAUGGCUUCCUGAGGAUAUUGGGCAGCUGACAUAUCUCCAGGUCCUAAACGUUGAAAGAAAUCUCUUAAAAGCUCUGCCGCGGUCAGUAGGGGACCUCUCCCAGCUCCAGACCCUCAAUGUGAAAGGUAAUAAGCUGAAGGAGCUGCCUGCUACCCUGGCUGGGCUGCGCAGCUUGCGCACGCUCGACAUCAGUGAGAACCUGCUGCGGGAAUUGCCCCGGGCGCUGGCCCACAUCCGCACGCUGGAGGCUCUGACCCUGGAUGCUUCGUCCAUGACGUACCCGCCGAGCGCUGUUUGCAGUGCUGGCACCGAGUCUGUCCAGCGGUUCCUGUGCCAGGAGUCUGGGGUCCAGUACUGCCCCCCCUCUCAGUACCUGCUCCCCGUGCUGGAGCGGGAUGGGGGCGAAACGUCCGUGGAUGGUGCCGAGAGGAGCGUGCAUAGGUACAUGCAGGAGGAGAGCCAGUGGCAGAACAAAUUCUCCGAUUACGAGAGGAGGAAGGAAGAGAAGAUGCUAGAGAAGCUGGAGUUUGAGCGCCGCCUGGACGUGGGGCAGAGGGAGCACGCUCAGCUCGUGCAGCAGAGCAGCAGCCAGAAGGAGGAGAUUCUGCAGACGGUGAAGAAGGAGCAGGUGAGGCUGGAGAAGGGUCUGACAAAGCACCAGCAGCAGCUGGAGAGCGAGCAUCUGAAGCUGCUGGAGCAGCUACAAUUCCAGAGGCUGCUGGAGGAGAAUCAGAGGCAGAAGCAAAGCUCUGAAAUGUUGAAAUCCCUGGAGAACGAGAGAAUGAGGAUGGACCAGCUGAUGGCAAUAACGCAGGAGGAGACGGAGCAGCUCCGCAGAAGGGAAGUGGCCUCUGCCAUGCAACAGAUGCUGGCUGAGAGCUACAAGAACAAGCUCAUCCAAAUGACCUAUGAAUGUCGUCGGCAAGACCUCGUCAGCCAGGCCUGCUCCAGCCUGGCAGAGAUGGAUCAGAAGUUCCAACAGAUCCUGGCGUGGCAGCAGCUGGAUCAGUACAAAGCCACAAGUCAGAUCCUGCAGGAGCAAGAAAUGCAGAAAGCAGCCUUCGAAGCCCUGCAGGUGAAGAAGGAUCUCUUGCACCGGCAGAUCAGGAACCAGAUUAAGUUAAUAGAAAGAGAGUUACUGCAGCUGACACAGCUGGAGUUAAAGAGGCAAGAACUGGACACAGAGGCACUGCAGUUUCUAGGUGGCUUCAUGCUUAGUGAGCAGGGGAUGUUCCCCAGACCCCGUCCUGCUUCCUGCCAACGCGCCGCUGCUCUCGAAGCGCUCGAGUCCUCUCCCUUUGCGAAGCUGGGUCCUUGGCUCGCUGGGAGGGCGGGAGCUGCGGGGGGCAAGGGCUCUCCUGGAACCACCCAUCUGCCAAGCAUCUCAUGAGUCCUCGCUUUGUUCCGCCUUCAUUGUAAUUUGUGUAAGUCUGUGCUGACCACCCAUCCCUCCUUUUCCUUUCUGCGCCAUGCCAAGGCCAUGACAGCAACCCCUGCGCCCGGCAGCCUCCCGCCCCGAGGCCCUUUCAUCCGGCUGGAGGGCUGCUUUUCAGUCACGUGCUUCGCAGGAGUUGUCUCCCGGUGCGACUUACCCCCCAUCCCUGGCCCAGGAAGUCGGGGGUCUGUGGCAAAGGACCGGAGUUAGUGUCGUGCAGCCGGCAGCGUGUGGUCCCGGCGGGUGGUUGCAAGUGCUGGAUCCUACCCCAGCCCAGGAACUGUCCCUGGGGCAGGGAGGCUGUUGAGAGCGAGGCGCGUCCAUGGGUACCCGGAUCAUGGCGCUGCGAGCUGCCUGGGACUGCGCUCAGGCAGUCGGGGCGGUGCCCGGGAUGGCAGGGAGGUGCCAGAGACACUGAGGGCUUCGGAGCUAGAUGAGGGAGCUGCGUUCCCGGGAGCGGGCAGUUCCAUGCCUUGUCUUGAACCCUUAAUGCAGGGUCAGUGCCCAGAGUGGGGGCAGCCAGACCCACCUCAGUCCAAGCAAGGCUCCUGAUGGGUGAAGCGGGGCAGCCUGCAGAGCUGCCAGGUCCCGGCGCCCGGCCUGAGCACCCUUCCAACAGCUGCGAGCUGCAGUCUGUGCAGGCCACAGCCCCCAGGGUAGCCGGCGAGCGGCAUGCAGGGCCCUGCGGUCGCACCCCAGCCCCGGCGGCCAUCCCGAGCCGGUGCUGCCUGGGAACGUGGUCCGCCGUGAAGAGGAAGCGCUGGGCACGCGUGGGGCUUGCGCCGGGGGAACCCGAGAGAGGGCCAAGGAGAGCUGACCGAGCAGGGAGGGAGCCCCGGGCGGGAUUCCCUGCGCUGCUGCUGCUGAGCAGGGCCUCCAGAGCUGUCCCCGGCACUGCCCUGCGCCCUGUGACUUGGAGGGGGACAGCCCGGGGGGCUGGCUGCUCACAGAGGGAUGUUUCCACCUGGGUUUCUCCUGCGGGUUCUGUG